AUGUUGGAAGGCUUGGUCGCAAACCUGCUCAAUCGCUUCUUGGGCUAUUAUGUCAAGAAUUUCGAUGCAAAACAAUUGAAUAUCGGUAUCUGGUCCGGCGAUGUCAAGCUUCGCAACCUCGAGCUGCGACGGGAGGCUCUUGAUCAACUACAUCUUCCGUUAAAUGUCGUCGAAGGCCACCUCGGCGAGCUCACCCUGUCCAUACCCUGGUCUAAUCUGAGAGGGAAACCGGUCAAAGUUGAAAUCGAAGAUGUGUUUCUCCUAGCAGCCCCGAAGGAAGAUGCGGACUAUGACCCGGCGGAAGAGGAACGAAGAGCAUAUAACCUCAAGAUGGAAAAGAUUGAGAGUGCGGAAAUCUUGCGAGAGCGGAAUACAGAGGGCAUGAGCCAGGAGGAGCAGCGACGGAACCAGAGCUUCACCCAGAGCCUCGUCACCGCCGUUGUUGACAACCUCCAAAUAUCCAUCAAGAACGUGCACUUCCGAUACGAGGACUCGAUUGCUUCACCAGGUCACCCUUUCGCCAUCGGUCUUACACUGAAGGAGCUCAGCGCUGUGAGCACUGACUCCGAAUGGAACCCUACUUUCAUCCAAUCAACCUCCACUACCACCCACAAACUAGCUACACUGGGUGCGCUAUCAGUAUAUUGGAACACUGAUGCCGAGCUUCUGGGCACAGGACGAGGCUCUGACCUGGGCGCAGAAGCACAAGGCAUUAGUCAUGCGGAGCUGAUUGAGAAACUAAGAACUGCCAUAGAGGGCGAAGAGAGCCACCAGUUUAUGCUUCGCCCCGUCAGUGGUCGUGCUGGCUUGGAGUUGGAUAAGUCAGGAAAGCAUGACCGGCCAGCCAUCAAGACACGGUUACUAUUUGAUGAGCUUAGUUUCGUUCUGGACGACGAUCAAUAUCGCGAUGCUCUAAUGCUAGUCGAUCUUUUCCAUUACUUUCUUCGUCAUCAGGAAUACAAGAAGCUCCAGCCGAAAUGCAGACCGAAAGAGGACCCCCGGGCAUGGUUCAGAUUCGCCGGAGAAGCGGUUCUCAGCAAAAUCCACGAUCGGAACAGGCGCUGGUCGUGGGAUUAUAUCAAAGAGCGACGGGACGACCGUAUCGCCUACAUCCAUCUGUUCAAGAAGAAAAAGCGGGAGGAACCCUUGUCUCCACAGGAGGCAGAGGAUUUUGAACGUCUAGAACGAAAGCUCAGUUACGAGGAUAUUCGAUUUUGGAGGUCGUUGGCGAGAAAUCAACUGCGGAAGGAGAAUAUUGGCCUCAAGAAGCCCGCACGCCAACAAACUUGGUCGGAAUGGAUAUGGGGCACCAAGAAGGAGGAGUCUGAAGAGACCACGAUGACCGAGGAGCAACGGCAGGAACUCUAUAAUGCCAUUGACUGGGACGAGAAGAAAGCGAUCUCCGAGAGUGUCGAAGUGCCGAGAGAGUGGGUAAAGCUUCAGGUCAACUCCGGUCUCAGAGCUGGAAGCUUCACAUUGAGGCGUGAUCCUCACGGAAAGUGUAGCGAAGUCAUGAAACUGGUGUUUGACAAUCUACGAGCGAAGGCUUUGCAGCGCCCGGAUUCCUUCUUCAUCGAAGUUGAUCUGGGUGGGCUCAGAGUGUAUGACGGAACAACCGAAGGUAGUCUCUUUCCACAGAUAGUCAAGGUCAAGGAUUCUCUCCCACAGUCCGAGGACAGUCAAACGCAGCCCCCUGAUGGUGACGAGUUGCAUCCGGAGGCCAACGAGGAAUACGAGGAGGCUGAGGAUAACCUGUUUCAAUUCCAGCUUGAGAAGAACCCACUGGAGGGCGACGCCGACUCGGUGGUGAAAGUCAAGAUGAAGAGUAUCGAGGUCAUCUAUAAUCCGAGGUUCCUUGUGGAGAUUGUUAAAUUCUUCGAGCCCCCUGAACGACACAUGGAGUCCAUUGGAGCCCUCUUGGACUCAGCAGGAGCAACUGUCGAGGAAAUCCGCCAGCAAACCCGAGCAGGCUUGGAGUUUGCCCUGGAGGAGCACAAGAAAGUCGAUGCUCACUUCGACAUACACGCACCUCUCAUUAUAGUGCCAGAAAGCAUUACACAAGAAAGCUCCCUCUGUCUCAUCUUGGACGCAGGUCACAUCAGUGUCAAUAGUGAACUGGUCGAUAGGCAGACCAUGAGAGACCUCCAGGCCAAGCAGAAGCGGCAAUACGAUGAGAACGACUACAAGGAACUGGAGCAUUUGCUAUAUGAUAGAUUCCUUCUUAAGCUUGACUCCACCCAGGUUUUGAUCGGCCCUGGAAUUGAGAGUACGAAAUCGCAACUCACGUCCGAGGUCAAGAACCGAAACUUUCAUAUUAUCGAUCGUAUAAACGUGGAUUUUGUCUUGGAACUGUGUAUAGUACCGAAAAGCACCGAGCUCACCAGGACCCGAAUAUCAGGCCAUCUGCCGGAGUUACACGCUUCGAUGUCUGACACAAAGUACAAGGGUCUGAUGAAAUUGAUUGACAUCGCGAUUCCACGAUUUGACGAGGGAGGUGUUUCCGAUCGUUCGCCCGCAAAGAGCUCGAGUGAAUCGACAACAGCAGGGAAUAGAGCAAGAUCGGCUUCCUUCCAGCCCUCAGUACAUAGAGAACUGCCGGUCGUCGACGAAGAUUCCGAUUCCGAGACAGAUCACGAGCAGACAAAGAAAAGUGUCGAUAGACUGCCCAACAUUCACCGCAAAGAUUUUGAAUUUAAGUUCACAGUUGGCUGUCUUCGUGGCUCACUGUUCCGGUCGGAUCCAAAUGACCAGUUUCGAGACCAAUUGUUGGUAGAGCUUGUUGCUGAAGGUUUCGAAUUAGACUAUUACAUGCGACCGUUCGACAUGGUGGCAGAGAUCGUUCUGCAGUCUCUGAGUGUGGACGACUAUAUCGAGGAAAACCCCAUUCCUGACUUCAAGAGGAUCAUUUCUUCCAAGGGAUUUGACGCAGACGAAGAUAAGGACCUCUUUCACCUCAAAUUUGUUCGAGUCAAGCCAGAGUCACCCGAGUUUCUGUCUACCUACGAAGGUAUAGCAAUGAACCUUGAUAUGUCCAUAUCUACCAUAAACCUUGUGGUCACUAGGAAGACACUUCUCACUCUUCUGGAUUUCGUUCUCCUCACCUUCACAAGCCCAGAGCAGCCCAGAACCCAGAAGCCGUCGUCCGACGAGACUGCUCAGGACACCACUGCUCUCACCCAGGACACAGAACAGCCGGGAAAGAUUCGGAUCAAAGCUGACUUGAAGAGCAUCGCCCUCAUUCUAAACAAUGACGGCGUCAGACUUGCUACACUGAGUCUUAACACUGCGGACGUUGGAAUUAAUCUUGUUGGCCGCUCAAUGCGUAUCCAGUCUCGAAUCGGUAGCUUAACCCUCAUAGACGAUGUCAACACCGGCGCCUCAGCCACCUCCGACCUGCGGAGGCUUUUGACCAUCGAGGGUGAUAACUUCGCUGAUUUUAAAUACGAGACCUUUGAUCCCGAGAGCACAAAUUAUCCCGGUUACGACUCUGAGGUCUAUCUGAGAUCGGGUUCUAUCAAAAUCAAUUUCCUCGAAGAGCCAUAUCGCAAGAUCAUCAAUUUCCUUGUCAAGUUCGGCAAGAUGCAGGCUAUCUUUAAUGCUGCCCGCCAGGCCGCGGCUAGUCAAGCCAACCAGCUGCAAGAGAAUGCAUCUAAGAUGCGAUUUGACGUCGUUGUCAAAACCCCAAUCUUGGUAUUUCCCGGUACCGUGAGACCUGAUCGACCCCGCGACACAGUCACUGCUCAUCUCGGAGAGAUUUAUGCUAAGAACACUUUCGUUCCUCUGGAUGAACAUGCGGAAAGUCCCGCCGUUAACCUGAUUUCUUCAGGCAUACGCAAUAUCCGCCUGACAUCCAAGUUCCACUUCGGGGAAGAUGUAGUCGAAGAGCUGGAGAUGAUCCAAAAAGUCAACUUGGACUUCAGCAUCUGCUAUCUUGAGCAUCAGAAGGAUAAUCCACGUCCAGAUAUGGAAAUCGAAGGGUCUAUGUCUCCCAUAAACCUUAGAGUGUCGCAAAAGCAGCUUAAAUUUCUGCUAGAGCUCUCGAAAACUGUGCCCGGCGCUUUCUCAACCGACUAUGAGCAGCAAGAACUCGAAGCCUUUGAAGAUCUUCCUACGUCUGUAACAGACACAAGCAAAGGAGCAGAUUCGAAACUCGCUCAAACCCCCCAGGAGCAUGAAAAUACCGCCGAAAGAUCGGGUUUGGACGACGAGACCUGGGCCAAGCUAGAUAUGAUUUUCAAGGUAGAUAGUGUCGGUCUGGAACUUAUCCUUGCAAAGGACGACGAGCCAGUGGGUGAUCUGGAGAACUCGAGUCUGUCGAAGUUUUCGCUGAAUGACACCAAAGUCAAAUUGCGCAUGCUUACCGAUGGGUCUCUGGAAUCCGAGCUCUUGAUUCACUCCCUGUCUGUCCGCGACAGCCGCAAUCAGGACACGAACAAAUUCAGGAAGAUCAUGUCACUGAUCAAUAACGAUGUGCAACAGCAAUUCAUGGCUAGUCUCUCUAUGUCGCCCGGGCCAGAGAAACAUCUUAUUGCGAUGUUGACGAUCGACAGCCCACGUAUCAUACUGGCGCUGGACUAUUUGUCCGCUUUGCAGUCGUUUAUGAACUCGGUUUUCACCGCAGAGGAGCCGGUGGCCGUUGAAGAGAUUGAGGAGACUGACGAAGCUUCUGAGCCAAGAUCCAGUACCACAGAAAGUCCAGACCAAACUGCCAUCGCCACCCCAGGCGAGGACUCGACAAGCUCGACCGGCCAGACAACGAUUUCAUUCAGAGUGAACCUUGUUGACGCCCAGAUUAUCAUGAUUGCCAACCCUGCCAUUGCACAUACCGAGGCUAUAGUGCUUGGUACAAAGCAAGUACUCUUCUCCCAGCAAAACGUCUCUACACUGCAGAUCAACAAAGUCGGCAUGUUCUUGUGUCGCAUGGACAAGUUCGAGACCAGUAGGCUGCGAAUUUUGGACGAUUUUACGCUGGAGCUGUCCAUGGAUAGCCGACCACAGGAGAAAGGCUCAUCGCUAACUUCCAUAGACGUGCACAUUGAACCGUUGGUGCUGCGCCUUUCCCUCAGAGACAUCUUGAUGGCAAUACAGAUUGUCAAUAAGGCCUCUGAAAUGAGAGCAAACAGGUCACAGGAAAUAGAGAGCGGCGACGUGAAGAGAGUACCAGAUGGUAGACAACCCAGCGCAAAGUCCACUCGAAGGAGAUCAAGCGCUGCGCGGUCGUCACAUGCCCCUGCCUUGAAAUCACGACGAGCAUCGGGGGCGAGCGGCAAACCGGCUAAUCAAGGAGCUGCUUCGGAACGCUCAGCUAUACUGAAGCGCGAAGAACUGAGCGCGCAGAUCGACGGCGUCAGAGUGAUUCUCAUAGGGGACUUGCAUGAUCUUCCAUUGCUCGACUGGAGCGUCAAGAAAUUCACCGUCGAUGUUCGCGAUUGGUCAUCUGCACUGAAUGCUGACACUAGCUUUGAUACCUUCAUCAACGUUUACAAUUUCUCCAAGUCGGCCUGGGAACCGCUCAUUGAACCAUGGCAACUCGGUUUUCACGUCGCCAAGGAGGUCGACCCAGAAGUCUUUUCAAUCGAUGCCUACUCACAUAAGAACAUGGAGCUCACUGUGACCUCGGCUACAAUUGCAUUGGCAUCCAAGUCCUUCCAAUUUCUCUCUACCGAUGAAGAUGUUCUUUCCAAACCCCGCGGAGCCGACGCACCCUAUCGGAUUCGCAAUUAUACUGGCUUCGAUCUUCGUGUCUGGGCGGAUGUCAGCACUGGAGAGGAAGGGCCGGCUGCUAAGCUCUCUGACGGGGAAGAAUACCCCUGGAGAUUUGAAGACUCGACUGCAGUGCGUGAGACUCUUGCACCUGAAGGCCAAGGCGGCGUGGUCGGGGUGAAACUCGAAGGGAGCGGCUUCGAGAGCAUCAACCGCAUUCCUGUGGCUAGGGAGGGCGAAUUCUUGUAUAGCCUCAAACCCAAGGCGGAUGGUGUUCUCCAUAGGCUUCUAGUCGAAGUUAAGCUGGGUACCGACAACGUCAAGUAUAUUACCUUCCGCUCGCCGCUGGUUAUCGAAAACAACACUCAAAUACCGGUAGAGCUGGGCAUCUUAAAUCACAAAGAAGGACAUCUCCUCAAGAUUGAGAAGAUUCUUCCUGGGGAUGCUCGGCCUGCACCUGUAGGUGCCGCCUACUUGCAUGCAGUCCUCAUCCGUCCUGACCAGGGCUUCGGAUAUGAAUGGUCAACAGAACCACUGCACUGGAAAGAUCUUCUGCGGCGGCCUACUCGCACGAUCAAGUGCAUCAGCGAAAGCGGACAGCAGGCUCCGCCCUUCUAUUUCCAGAUGAAUGCCACCUACAACCCAAAGGAUUCCUUGACGAACGUCUAUCCUUACAUGCGUAUACGCAUUUUCGCUCCGGUGGAGAUUGAGAAUCUAUUACCAUAUGAUUUCAAAUACCGCAUUUAUGACAAGAACACAAAGAAGGAUUGGACCAAUUUCCUAAGGAAGGGUGGUGUCAGUCCGGUCCACGUUGUUGAGCUAUCUCAUCUACUGCUUCUCAGUAUUGACCUAGAGGACACUGUCUUUAGGCAAAGCGAAUUCGCCAUCAUUAACGGAAAUGCGCAAGAUUACCGAAGGGAACACAUGCUCUCGCUCAAGGAUGAACAAGGGAUUCCGUUAAGACUAAACCUCCACUACUUCAACGUUCCAGAUAGUGGAGGCGCUUUCAAGGUGUCGAUUUACAGUCCGUAUCUUAUCUUGAACAAGACAGGACUGCCAAUGGAGAUCCAGAGCAAGGCCUUCUUGCAAUCAGCACGCUCCGCAGCUGGUGAGGGCCUGAACCCCGACCCAAGACAUGGCGGGCGGGCUCUCCCAUACAUGUAUGCUUAUCAAUCAGAAGAUCCCAAGAACCGAUCUAUUUUGAAGAUAGGAGAUUCCGCCUGGAGCAAGCCGCAGAGUUUUGAGGCUCUUGGGAGCAACUUUGAAGUUGUCUUGUCCGAUAGGCAAGGGAAGUGCGAGUUCCAUGCAGGGGUGUCUGUUAUGGAGGGUGAAGGCAAAUAUAAGAUGACUAAAGUUGUCACUAUCUCUCCUCGCUUCAUCCUGAAAAACAAGCUGAGUGAGGACAUUUUGGUCCGCGAACCCGGCUCAUCAAACGUGCUUACCAUCAAGAGUGGCAAUUUGGUGCCCCUGCAUUUCCUGCGCCAGAUUGCAGAAAAGCAACUUUGCCUGUGCUUCCCCGGCGUGAACAAUCAAUGGUCAUCGCCUUUCAACAUUGCAGACGUUGGAACCGUACAUGUGAAACUUGCCAAGGCAAAUCAACGUCAGAGGCUUAUCAAGGUUGAUGUUAUCAUGGAAGGCGCUACACUUUUUAUCCACUUCAGUUUGGAAACUCGAAAUUGGCCCUUCUCCAUGCGGAAUGAGAGUGAUUCCGAAUUUAUCUUCUACCAAGCUAAUCCAAACGUGGAGGAUGACGAGGAAGAUAGAACAAGUGGCUGGCGGCCAAUUCGCUACCGGCUCCCACCCCGCAGCAUCAUGCCAUAUGCAUGGGAUUAUCCGGCCACGAAGAACAAGUCUCUCGUCUUGACAUGUAAUGGAAAGGAAAGGCAUAUCAGGCUCACCGAGAUAGGCAACCUGAUACCGAUGAGGAUACCGCCUUCACGACCUGGGGAGCCGCAAAAGAUUGUUGAUAUCAACAUCGUGGCUGACGGGCCGACCCAGACCCUCGUCUUGUCAAAUUUCAAGCAAUCUCGAAGUCUUUAUAAGCAACAGAAGGCACAGACAUCCCAGACCAGUGUGUCAACCGGUUUUGAGGUAAAGGAACUGGACUCGGACGUCAAUUUCAAAGCUCAGCUACGUCUGGCGGGCAUUGGGAUCUCGUUGAUCAACAAGAACCUGAAGGAGCUGCUAUAUCUCACUUUCCGCGAAAUCGAGAUCAAGUUCAGAGAAUCAAGGGUUUACCAGACUUUGAACACAACGAUCAAAUGGAUCCAGAUCGAUAAUCAACUCUAUGGGGGCAUUUUCCCCAUAUUGUUGUAUCCAAGCGUUGUGCCAAAGACCGGAAAGGAGAUGGAGGCCCAUCCGAUCUUUCACGCCAUGGUUACACGCGUAAAAGACGACUCUUACGGUGUACUUUACAUUAAAUAUGCCACGGUACUACUUCAACAGAUGACACUUGAGCUCGAUGAGGACUUCAUUUUCGCCAUGCUCGAUUUUGCAAAGGUCCCUGGUGCUUCAUGGUCCGAAGAGCAGGAAGGAAAACUCUGCGAUGAAGAUCUAAAAAUCCCAGAACCGCAGAAUGAAAGUGCUAGCCAAGAUGUGUACUUUGAGCUCCUUCAUUUGCAGCCGAUGCAGUUGGAUAUCUCCUUCAUGCGGACAGAGAGGGUUAAUGCCGAGAAUACCAUGCAGCCCUCCAACCCCCUCAUGUUCUUCGUCAAUGUCAUAUCCAUGUCAAUGGGCAAUAUCAACGACGCCCCCGUUCGUCUCAAUGCUCUUAUGUUAGAGAACGCUCGUGUCUCUUUCGGAAUCCUUUUGAACAAUAUUCAGAGACAUUACACUCAGGAAUUCCUUCGUCAAGUCCACGUCAUUCUGGGGUCGGCGGAUUUCCUGGGAAAUCCAGUGGGUCUGUUCAAUAACGUCAGCUCUGGUGUUGCUGCUAUCUUCUACGAGCCCUAUCAGGGACUGGUCAUGACCGAUCGGCCUCAGGAACUGGGCAUGGGUAUUGCAAAAGGCGCUACAAGCUUUGUCAAGAAGUCCGUCUUUGGUUUUUCAGACAGUAUGGCCAAAUUCACCGGAAGCAUGUCCAAGGGACUUGCGGUUGCCACGCUAGACAAAGAAUUUCAAGAUCAGCGACGAAUGUCGAAGUCUCGGAAUCGGCCAAAGCAUGCAUUGUAUGGUAUCACGGCCGGUGGAAAUGCGUUCGCAACCAGCUUAGCAAGCGGCAUUGGAGGACUUGCUCGCCACCCGCUGGAGGGUGCGGAGAAAGAAGGUCUCCAAGGUUUCAUCAAAGGUGUCGGCAAGGGUGUACUUGGACUGGCCACCAAGCCGGCAAUAGGCGCCUUCGACCUUGCCUCAAAUCUCGCCGAGGGUGUACGAAACACCACGACAGUGUUUGAUGCGGAAGGUCUUGACCGUGUUCGCCUAACCCGUUUCAUUGCCACGGACGGUAUAGUGCGGCCAUACUCACAGCGCGAGGCUUUGGGUCAAUUUUGGCUUAAGACAGCCGACGACGGCAAGUAUUUCAACGAAGACUACAUUGCGCACUUGGAGCUGCCGGGCAAGGACAUGCUGGUCAUGUUGACGUACGACCGAAUAAUGCUUGUGCGGAGCAAGAGACUCCGAACAGAAUGGGAUAUCCGAUUGACAGACAUCCAAACCAUUUCCAAGGAACGGACUGGUAUGAGCAUCACGCUGAAGGGUGGCGCAAACGGGCCUUUCAUUCCCGUGCAAGACGAGAGCUCGAGGAAUUGGCUGUACCGCCAGAUCGCCAUUGCUGUCAACGCAUUCAAUGAAAGGUACAAUACGAGAGUUUGA